AUGGUCCUCUCGCGCAUUCUUGGUGAAGAUUUCGCCUUGGGCUCUUUCAGCGCAAAUGAGAUCGGCCCCGGGUGUCCGCAAGGGCCAGCGCAUGUCGAUUAUCCUUAUUCGAUGCUCUCGUCUUUUCCCAACGACACCAUGGCGUGUCAGACUAUCUUCUGCUUGGAUGAAUGGACAGAAGAGAACGGCGCUACUAGAGUAGCGCUACAUAGUCAUAAGCAGAAGCAGCAUCCGGACAGAGACGAUUUUCUUUCGACAGUCAUAGAGGGAGAGAUGGGCGACCUCGUGAUCUAUCACAGGCAACAGCAGCUCUUGCUCGAGCCUCGCUGA